UGUACAGAUAUAAGUAAAGGUUGACUACAUUCAGCCAAGGUUAAUUGAACACACCAACAAAGAUACCCUAAAUUUUCUCUGUUUUAGAUUGAGUGCAAUCUUUCUAGUUCUACUUUUAUUGUAUUCCUACCAAAAAACCUUGUCUUCUAGUGAUUGGAUCAAUGGAGUCAUGGAGAUAGAAUAGCCAGGUAACCAUAAGGUACACUGGCAAUUCAAUAAUGAGGGUUGAACCUGCACUGUUGAGAUAGGCCUUUUGUCCUAUCUGUAAAACUGAAUGUUAGCAUUGGAAGAAGGGUGAGAAGUUAUAAAAAUAUUAGUGGAAUUUCAGCUGAGAAUAGAAAGCAAAACACAAGUUCCAAAUUUGUUGCUGCUUCCUUUGUUCUUUCUAAGCUUUUCCUUGUUGUGCCAAAAAGCCUCACAAUGGAUCCUUCACAAGAUUUAGCAUCAGAAGUGGAAUUCAAUGGCACUGAGUCUGGAUGGACCACAUAUAUUGGAUCUCCUAUCUACAAUGAACAGUCCAAUGGUGAUGAUGAGCACAGUGUAGAUUUUGAAGACUAUGGCAACAAUUACAAGAAUUCUCAUAGAAGCAUUUAUGAUGAUGACAACAAAAGAGAGAACAAUGAUGACUUCAACAGAGAUACAGAUGAAGAGAGUGAUGAUUCCAUGGCUUCUGAUGCUGCUUCUGGUCCAAGUCACCUUCACCUUGUGCGCAUAAACAGUGAGGGAAGUCAUGGAGGCUUGGAUUUCACUGAGCAUACGGAAAAUGAUAAUGACAAGAUUCGCUUGACCAAGAGAACCACCAAACAGGUAAGAAAGACAAGAUAUGAAGGAAUUGUUGGUGAGAAAGAAGAAGCCUCACUGCUUGUGGCAGAUAGUGCUGCUAGUCAUGCUUAAGGAGGAGCCAGGUAAGGUACAUAAUAGCUGAAUUUUUCAACUUGGAAAUAUGGAGAAGGGAGUGUACUCAAACCAAAGUUUUCUUCUACCACCAAAGGAGACUCACCGACCAAUCAUGCAAUGUGAACUAGUGUACAAGCCAGUGAAGCUUGGAGAAGAAAAUUGUAAGGCUUAUGUGAAAUAAAAAUAGAAAAUAUGGUAAAAAUUUGCCAGAUCCAAAAUAGUAGUUACUAGAAUCAUAUUUAAGUAUCGAACAUAAUAAGAAGAGGCAAUCAAAUGUUUAUUUUAAAACUGUACUGUAAUGUAAUUGCCUGGCAGGUCAUUCAAGAUAGACGGCAAAAACACAAUGUAGUUGGAAGUAGAAUGGUUGUUAAAUCAAUGUACAUUUAAUGUUUUUA